AUGUAUCAGCUACCAAUCUUCCUAACUGCUCAACAAAGGAUAUUCAAAUGCAGGUAACGGCUUGAUUUUUCUUAAAAUUUUUUAUUUUUUAAAUAUUUUAAAUUUGAAAUUUGUUUUUUAUAAUAGGUUUUUGUUAUACAAAGUUUUGUAACGCACUGCGUAUUGUUAGCUAAGGCUUUAAAAGUCGUUUGUUGAACAGCAAGCGGAGCCCUAGCUUAACUCUAGCCUCAUCUUAGCCAUACAUUAGCCCAAUAGCGCUAUAAUAUUUUUGACUGUAAUCAUUCAGAUCUACUACAACAUUUUUUAACACAUUUUAAAAUUUUAACAACGUUUUAAAUACAUAAAUCACCCAAAGCAGACCGAAGACUUUGAACAAAAUCUUUUUUCGAAUUUCAAAAAACUGUAACUAUUUCGAACUGUUUUCCGCAAUACGUGUAUCGUUCUACCUCACACUUGUUUUGACAAAUAGAAGCCGCGUUAGAGUUCCGCUUUAAUCAUCUGGGAACAAGUCUGGGAAAAUUGUGUUUUUGAAACAUAUUUUUGACACGUGAUACAUAGGUGGUACGUAGGUUACACCUAAUUAGGUGCUAUUUUAAGGUGUUGUGUUUCUUUCCGUUUUUUUUUCACUACCGUACACGACAACAUUUUGGUUCAUGCAAAGGGCAAAACGUACAUUUUUAAAGUUUUUUAAGUGUUAUACUACAAAUUUUUAACUUUAAUCACUUUUACCCUCAUGCUCUGGAACGUCUCCAAUUCUUUGUACUCUACAGUUUUUUUAAAGAAACAAUUAUAAGGAUAAAUAAAAAAAGCCUGUGGAAUUAAGCACAAAAGCUAAAGUGCGUUUGACAAUUUGCCUAACAAGUUAAUUAGUGAUUGAAAAUGAGAUUUGUGUUCAUUAGAAUGCCGUCUUCAGCCCGGUUCCGGGUAUAAUGCACCAAUCCAACGGUGUUUUCGUUGUGUUUUAUGUAAUGUAGGUAAAAAUAAAGCCAUAGCUAGCUAAAAAGAAGUACUAUGGUUAGUAAUGGAAGAGCUAUGGCUAGUAAAAGAAGUGCUACGGCUAGUAAAACAAAGGCUGUGGCUAAUAGACGAAGAGCUACGGCAAGUAAAGGGCUAGGUUAGCGCUUUUUAACUGAAAUGUGUAUUGUGUUAUCUAGGGUUCAAAGUUGUUUGCUCUACAAGAACUUUAACUUUUUGAAUCAUUCAACUCAUAUUGUACUCUUUCAUAUACGACGUAAAAACUGAUCCAUGAUUCCAAAACAAUGUUCGUUCCGUAUUCCGCAACGUCAAUGUUUAAAGCCUGUAAUUUGUGACCGAAAUGAUGUUUCGACACGAAAGUGCAUAACAUUAUGAAUGAUGUCUAAUCAAUGUUUCUUUUCAAGUUUUAAAUAGUCUACGGUUUACGCCGGACCAUUCAAUUUCUAUUUACGGGUAAACGUACGAUGCAAACGUACCUUGAUUUAUGUAACAUUGUGAACGUUGCUUUUUGUCAAAAAAAUAAAAAGUUUUAAAUACGGUCAUUUUGCUGAAAGAGUAUUAGGUUGUUGAAACAAUUCUUUAUAAUGAACUUUUUUAUAACAAACUCCUGUAUAACGAACUCCUGUAUAAAGAACUCCUGUAUAACGAACUCCGUUCCAACUAACAAAUUUUAAAUUUGUCACCAAAUUAUUUCCUUUUCAGGUCCAUAUCAUCAAAACAACUAGUUGCCCUAUUGCUAACGACAAUACUAUUAACGCAGUGCACAGUGACAGCAGAGGCAUCGAUUAGGUUAUGCGGCAACAAACUAACAUCAGCGUUACAGACGAUUUGUAAAAAUAAAAUAUGUGGAGGAAUCACAAAACGUAAGUUUGAACUUUUCUGACUAUAAAAAUUUAAAAACUUGUACAAAGGACUGAUACAAACAAUCCUAGGAAAAAUAUACGUUGCGCUGUUCCGCAUACAAAACGUAAUGUAGGUCGCAACGUUUUGUCGUACCAAUAUUUUGUUUUGUUUUUUCGUCUUAUAAUGGGAUUAAAUCUUGUUUAGUCAACAUGUUUUCCAGGUUUUUGCCGUCAGAUAACACAAAAAUAUACCCUGAAAUUGCAACUUUUAUUUUUCUGACGUGCGUUUUAAGACACAAGCCUUUUUUACACUACUGUAAAAACGUUAAUUUUUUUAAAUGAUUUUUUCCAAACAUUGGUGUAGAGUAGGGUAGGAUAGGAGUACUUAUCUACAACUACAGCUACACCUAACUCUACGCCUCAAAACUCUGUAGCCACUACAUCAUCAAUUUAAAUCACAAUCCCGCAUAGUCAUAAUAUGCGUUACUAAUUACCUUUAGCGUAUUGUUGUUGAUAAUUAAGGAACAUGAAGGCCGUUGUUGAUAGAAUGUCAUACAAACUGUAAGCGGAAAAUAGAUUAGCAUUUGGCGAUUAUUUUUCAAAACAAAAUAAUCUUUUACAAAUUCUGUAGCCUUUCUUUGUAAAUACCUUAAUGUUAUCGGGGUCGUUGAAAGACAUCACGUCUAGGUGGUUUGUGAUGACUAAGAGUAUACGCAUGUUUUUAGAGGAAGGCUGUUUAAGAUUUAUGUUCAUUUACAGCAUUUUUGAAACCAUACUGUUAAGAAAGCGUUUUAUCACGGUUGGUUAACAUAAGUUGCAAACUGUCUAAGACGUGUUGCUUAAAAAACGUCAAAAGUAUUAUAAAUAAGCUUAAGAAACAAAGAAGACACAAGUGUUAGCAAUUUUGAUGUCAUACAGUAAAAAUAUAAUCUUUAUGGGCUUUGUAAGCUACGUCUAUCGGCUUAGGCUCAUAAGCUUAGCAUUUUCAUCAAAAUAACAGAGCUUAACAUAGGUUUAUUUAGCAACCUACCUUAAUAUAGACUUUUUUGUAAUCUUAUUUUUGUAUUUCUUAUGUAGUACUACGAACAUUUUCAUAAAGCAUCUUCUCUUGUUUUUUAGGCCUAGUACGAUCAUGUUCAUAAAUCAUCUCAUUUAAAAUUUUUUUGUAAAAUAUCUUUAAAAAUUUACAAAGUAAUGUAUCUCUCUAUGUAAUUCUUGUUUAUCUACUACCAAUCUUAUUAGUACUCAACCCAAAGUACGACAGAACUACAACCCUUUUUUGUGGGAAACUUUGGGUAAAAACUUCCUUCUCGACCCCAGAAUGACGAUGAAUUUUUCAUUAUGUAUCUAGUAUUUCACUAUAGUAUCAUUCUCUAUAGUUUAAUGUUGACAAAGCGCUUUUAUGUAUAAAAAAGUUUUCUUUUAGUUUAUGAGUGACGACAAAAUACUAUUUUAGUAGGUGUGUUGCUGAGGGCUAAGACUAGUAUAAAAGGCUGUACUAUCCAAUUCUAGCCUUUUACUAGACCUAAGAAGCUAGGCCCGGCCCAAUUUUUCGGGCGGUUCUUGGGUUUACUGGGCUUUUACGUUUAUUCAAUGACCUUACUAGACUACAUAGUAAGGUCACUGUAUAUGCCUUAGACCCAGUGCUAUAUAGCAAGUAUCAAGCAGCAUUGUUUUUCGACCCAAAAUAAAUAUUUUGACUAUUGCCAUCUUUUUUGGUGAACAUUCCCACAGCCAUUAGGUAUAAACGAGGCUGCAAAUAAUGCGCGGCCUAAAAAUAUGCACAGCUCUAUACGGAUGUGUCUACGGCUUGAUUAAUUGUUAUUGAUUUGACCUUUAAAAUUCAGGGAUUUGAUAGUACAAAGGGUGGGGUACAUGGCUUAGGAACGUAGUAUUAACCAAAGUCUUGUAAAAUUUAUUUUAAAAAUUAGGAAGUUUACUUAAUCCUGUGCUCCUCUUAAAACAAAUUUUGCGAGAUUUGGGGGCUCACAACUAUUUGAACAACUAUAUAGUAUAUUAGGUUGUUCAAUUAAUUAUGAGCCCCUUUUAAUGAAAAUUUUUGGGAUUUGAGGCCCAGUAUUAUUUGAACAUCAUAAUAUAAAGUUGUUCAAAUAAUUCUGCGCUCGUUUCAACGCAAAUUUUCCAGUGUUAUGGGGCCCAGAAUUAUUUGAACAACCCAAUAUAUCUCAAAACCAUUACACUGACAAGUUUUAAUAAACCAUUCCUUUCAGGAGCAAUAAACCCCUAUUACCUUGAAGAGCUGUUCGAACGGAAUAUGAACCCCUUCGAGUACUACGAUAAUCGUGUGCGACGAUCUCAAAUUGCCAGUCAGUGUUGUGCGAAGCGAUGUACGUUGAACUUUAUGAAGUCGUUUUGUUGCGCUGAAGUAGAUGACACAGUAAACUUGGAAAAAAUAGAAUAG